AUGACAGAGUAUUCUAUGCUCUUGGUCUCACGAUUGGACCCGUUGAGGUAUCUAUUUGACAGGCCUGUUCUGACCGGUAGGCUCAUGAGAUGGCUGGUAUUGUUGACAGAGUUUGAUAUUCAUUAUGUCACGCAGAAGUCAGUAAAGGGAAGCAUUGUUGCAGAUCAUCUAGCUUCUUUGCCGAUAUCCGAUGACCGAUCAGUUGAUGAUGAUUUCCCUGAUGAGCAGAUUGUUUCAAUGACUAGUAUUACGGGGUGGCGGUUGUACUUUGAUGGUGCCGCCAAUCAGUCAGGGUUUGGCAUUGGUAUCUUAUUGAUAUCACCACAGGGUGAUCAUAUCCCCAUAUCAGUCCGGUUAGCAUUUUCUGAUCAUCACCGGUUGAUGAAUAAUAUUGUAAAGUUUGAGGCUUGCAUUACAGGUUUGGAGACUACACUUGAUCUUGGCAUUAGGCAGUUGGAGAUCCACGGGGAUUCCAACUUGAUUCGAUGUGUUAAGGUAUAUACAUUUGCCCAGGGCGGAGAAUUAGUUUGUCGAUGCAUUAGCCACCUUGCUUCUCUGAUUGUGAUCCUUGCGGGGGUGAAUGUUAGGCCAUUGCUGAUUGAGACUAAGUCUGCACCAGCUUACUAUUGUAUGAUUGGAGAGAUAAAGGAUCAGAUUGAGUUGCCAUGGUAUCAUGAUAUUUAUCAGUUUCUGUCAUGCGGCGCUUACCUAGAGUUAGCCUCGGCCAAGGAUAGGAGAGCAUUGAGACAGUUGGCCACCAGAUUUGUUGUUUGCGGGGAUGUGCUGUAUAGGAGAUCACCUGAUGGCUUGUUAUUAUUAUGUUUAGACUGUGCAUCUGCAGAUCGAGUGAUGAGAGAGGUUCAUGCAGGGGUCUGUGGCCCACACAUGGGAGGUCAUAUGCUAGCACGUAAGAUCAUGAGGACUGGCUACUUUUGGUUAACCAUGGAGACAGAUUGUUGUCAGUUUGUACAGAGAAGUCAGGAGUGUCAGAUGCAUGGAGACUUGAUACACGUGCCACCUUCUGAGUUGCAUGCACUUGCAUCCCCUUGGCCAUUUUCAGUAUGGGGUAUUGAUAUUAUUGGGAAGAUCUCGCCCAAGUCUUCCAGUGGGCAUGAGUACAUUUUGGUUGCCAUUGACUAUUUCACCAAGUGGGUGGAAGCUGCUUCUUAUGUUAGGUUGACAGCGGCCAGAAUGGCCAAGUUCAUCAGAUCGCAUAUUAUCUGCCGAUACGGGGUCCCUCAUGAGCUGAUCUCAGACAGAGGGGUGUAUUUCAAGGGCGAGGUGGACACGUUGAUUCAAGAGUAUGGCAUUCAGCAUCACAGAUCGUUUACAUACAGGCCGCAGACUAAUGGAGCAGUUGAGGCCAUUGAGAUGAGAUCUUUGAGAGUAGCACUAAAGCAGCAUAUAUCCGAGGCCGAGUGGGCCCAGUCUCGUUAUGAUCAGCUUAGCCUGUUGGAUGAGAAGAGAUUGAGGGCGGCAGAUCAUGUUCAGGCCUAUCAGAAGAAGAUGACCCGUGCAUUCAAAAAGAGGGUCAAGCCUAGGAAAUUCCAGAGAGGUGACCUAGUCUUGAAAGUCCUCAGGGGAUUGAUCAGUGACCCUAGAGGCAAGUUUAGACCGAGUUGGAGCAGGCCUUAUGUCAUCCGAGAUCUGACUCGAGAGGGAGCUGCCUGGUUGACAGACCUAGACGGAAAUCAGUUCACAGAGCCAGUUAAUGUGGAUCAGCUGAAGAAGUUUUAUGCGUGA